GCCUACUAGGUAGUAGCACCUUUUUCUCUCUGCGAAUCCCAAGCGUGGAAAACUUCUGCUCCUUCCUCCAAUUUCUUCUGCUCCGGGGAAUUUCACUUCCAUUUUCCUUUCCCUUCUUUUCUUUGUCUCUGUCUCUGUCUGGUUUCCGUGUGUUGUCUGGUCUGUGUCUGCCUUAAUUAAUAAUCUGAUCCAUCCAUCCCAAUUCCCAACUCAAGUCUUCAAAACACCCCCAAACGCCUCCUUAACUCUGCAGACCGUUGGGAGCUGCGAGAGCUCAGAUCAUAAGUCACAACCGCGAUUGAUAGCACUAUUGGAUUAGUUGGGCGGUCCUCUUCUCAAAAUCUAGAAAGCAAACGGUCCAGAAAUGCAACAGCAAUAACUCUUUCUUCCUUCCUUCCUGUGAACUAACUAGAUGUUGUUCAUGGAUGAAACACAGCAUUUAUUAAGAUAGUAUAACUUCUCACCCAACAUCAACUGCUCACCAUUAAAUGGUGUAUCAUGCUUCUCUCAAGUCAACCUCAGUACUUGCUGUUCAAUUUCCUUUCCCUUCUCCUCCAUCCCUCACCCUACCCCUGACUUCUGAUGAUUGCUCCGCUCUUUCACCAUUUUUCACCUUCUUUUCCGGAUCCUUUCUCUGAGUACCCAGAACAUGAUUAUUGUUUUCGUCUUUACCCGCUUAAUUAUAUUAUUGUUUCUACCACUUCUUUUAAUCUCAAUCUCGAGUACUAGAAUAUCUGCUGCUUCUUUCUCGUCCUCCUCACUAUCACCUUCAUCAGCACCAGGAACAUGCCAUCGCGGUUGUGGGAACAAGUCCCAGGUCCAGUAUCCUUUCGGAUUCUCCCCGGGCUGCGACAUUCAGUUGAAUUGUACAGGGCACAGCGGGGAGAUCACAAUUGGGCAAUUUCAAGUCCAAAAUGUGACGGGGAACAGCUUGUUGAUCCAUCUUCCGCCAAAUUGUAGUCGGAAGAUUAGCGACCUGAAUCAACUCGAGGGGCCGAACUUCGCGAUGACGCGGCGAAAUGGGCUUCUGUUCGAUAGAUGUAGGGUGCCGGUGAAUGGAUGUGCCGUCCCAAUGACUCUGCUGAACUCCACGUUGGAUGUCAAGGAGAGCUGUAGCGGCGGUCAUGAUAAUAAUACCAGUUGUUAUUCGGGUGCAAGCAAAAAUAGUUCUAAAUUUUUCGACUCUGAUCAUCUCAAGCAGAUCAAUUGUACGGUCGUGUAUUCGUCCAUAGCGGUUGCUCUGGAUGACACAAAUGACGACGACAAUAGGUCGAGCGUGAGCACGGCUUUGUUGCUGAAUUUCCAGACUUUGGAGUUAGGGUGGUGGCUCGAUGGCCCCUGCAACUGUCACGAGUCUGCGUCCUGUACUAACGUAUCGACUCCCAGACGUCGCCAGGGGUACCGAUGCCGGUGUAAGGAAGGGUUCGUCGGAGAUGGCUUCGCGGACGGUGGUGGUUGUAAAAGAGCUUCUACCUGCAAUGCUUCAAGAUACAUGCCAGGUCGAUGUGGUGGGACUACAAAAGUUGGCAUUCUUGUUGGAGGGAUAAUUGCUGGAGCUUCUCUCAUGGUUGUUUUAUCUCUUUUCUACUACUGCAUCCGGAAGCGAUCAAAAUUGUUGAAGAGCCGAAUGAGUGCAAAGCGUCUUCUGGGUGAAGCUGCUGGCAGCUCUGGCAUUUCUUUUUAUCCCUAUAAAGAUAUUGAGAAGGCCACAUUGGCCUUUUCUGAUAAACAAAGGCUGGGAACAGGGGCCUAUGGUACAGUUUAUGCAGGAAAGCUCCAUAACGAUGAGUGGGUUGCUAUUAAAAAAAUAAAGCAUCGCGAUCAUGAAAGCAUCGAACAAGUCAUGAACGAGAUCAAGCUUCUGUCUGCUGUGAGCCAUCCUAAUCUGGUACGCCUCUUAGGUUGCUGUAUAGAGGACGGUGAACAAAUCCUUGUUUACGAAUUCAUGCCGAAUGGGACUUUGUCUCAGCAUCUACAAAGAGAAAGAGGUUCAGGGCUUCCAUGGACAAUUCGCCUUGACAUUGCCACUGAAACUGCUCGUGCAAUUGCUCAUCUUCAUUCGGCAAUUAAUCCACCGAUAUACCAUAGAGACAUUAAAUCUAGUAACAUACUCUUAGACUAUAACUACAAGUCAAAGGUGGCGGACUUUGGCCUUUCGAGAUUUGGCAUGAUGGAUGAUUCCCAUGUAUCCACUGCUCCACAGGGAACCCCAGGCUACCUCGAUCCUCAGUAUCAUCAGAACUUCCAUCUUUCAGAUAAAAGUGAUGUAUACAGCUUUGGGGUUGUUCUGGUUGAGAUUAUUACAGCAUUGAAAGUGGUGGAUUUCUCGCGAGCUCACAGUGAGAUUAACUUGGCUGCGCUUGCUAUUGAGAGGAUAGGGAAAGGUUGUCUGGAUGAGAUAAUUGAUCCAUUUCUUGAGCCUCACAGGGAUGCUUGGACACUCUCAUCUAUUCACAAAGUAGCAGAGCUGGCUUUUAGAUGCCUUGCUUUUCAUCGAGACAUGAGACCGUCCAUGAUGGAAGUGGCAGAUGAACUUGAACAAAUCAGGCUUAGUGGCUGGGCACCGCUAGACGAGAAUAUCUGCAUGGCAUCAUCAGCGGCAUCCUCUUGUUCGUCUCCAUUUAAUGGAAGUGAGAAAUCUUUUAACAGUAGAACAACAAAGAAGAAGACGGGGGUAGGAAGUAGGAGAACAAACGUUUCACGAGGAGGAGGUGAUUCGCUAUCUACCACGGAAGAGACAAAGGACAGUUCCCCUGUCUCAGUCCAGGAUCCCUGGUUAAGUGAGCAGGACUCGCCAUCAACGAACAGUUUGUUGAGCAACAUUGUUCACUAAUGAAAUUACUGUGUCGUCUGCACAUAACUUCCCAUUAAAGCCGUCUUGUGGAUAAAAUAUACUAUUAGGCAAUGAAUGGUGAUUAAAGCCUUCUUGCAGCCAUUAUUCUGAUGAAGUUGGUUUACUUAUCAUA